GGCGGCGGCGCUGCGGGACUCUGGCGGCGGCGCUCCUAAUGGCUGCGCGCGGGCCGCGCUGAGGCGCCGGCGGAGAGCGACGGGCGCGGGCCGCGGAGCAGCCAGAGCGAGCGAGCGCGCGGCCGGACCCCGGCCAGGCCCGGCCCGACCCGCCGAGCCCGCGAUGCGCCCCGGGGCCGCCCCCCGGCGCAGCUGACGCGCGGCCCGCGGACACCGGCCGGCCGGCCAGGCCACGAUGGCGGGGAAGGCGGCCGCCCCGGGCACCGCGGUGCUGCUGGUCACGGCCAACGUGGGCUCCCUCUUCGACGACCCAGAGCACCUGCAGAAGAACUGGCUUCGGGAGUUCUACCAGGUCGUCCACACGCACAAGCCGCACUUCAUGGCCCUGCACUGCCAGGAGUUCGGGGGCAAGAACUACGAGGCCUCCAUGUCGCACGUGGACAAGUUUGUCAAAGAGCUGCUGUCGAGUGACGCGAUGAAGGAGUAUAACCGGGCACGCGUCUACCUGGACGAGAACUACAGGUCCCAGGAGCACUUCACGGCUCUGGGAAGCUUCUAUUUUCUCCACGAGUCCUUAAAAAACAUCUACCAGUUUGACUUCAAAGCUAAGAAGUAUAAAAAAGUCACUGGCAAAGAGAUCUACUCCGACACGCUGGAGAGCACGCCCAUGCUGGAGAAGGAGAAGUUUCCUCAGGACUAUUUCCCCGAGUGCAAGUGGUCACGCAAGGGCUUCGUCCGGACGAGAUGGUGCGUCGCGGACUGCGCCUUUGACUUGGUGAACAUCCACCUUUUCCAUGAUGCCUCCAACCUGGUCGCGUGGGAGACGAGCCCCUCCGUGUACGCAGGGGUCCGGCACAAGGCCCUGGGCUAUGUGCUCGAUAGGAUCGUGGACCAGCGAUUCGAGAAAGUGUCCUACUUUGUCUUCGGCGACUUCAACUUCCGACUGGACUCCAAGUCCGUGGUGGAGACUCUCUGCACGAAGGCCACGAUGCAGACGGUCCGCGCCGCUGACACCAACGAAGUCGUGAAGCUGAUAUUCCGUGAGUCGGACAACGACCGGAAGGUGAUGCUGCAGCUGGAGAAGAAGCUGUUCGACUACUUCAACCAGGAGGUUUUCCGUGAGGACAACGGCACCGCGCUCCUAGAAUUUGACAAAGAGCUGUCUGUCUUCAAGGACAGACUGUAUGAACUGGACAUCUCGUUCCCUCCCAGCUACCCGUACAGCGAGGACUCCAGCCAAGGCAAGCAGUACAUGAACACCCGGUGCCCCGCCUGGUGCGACCGCGUGCUCAUGUCCCCGUCCGCCAAGGAGCUGAUUCUGCGGUCGGAGAGCGAGGAGAAGGCUGUCGCCUACGACCACAUCGGGCCCAACGUCUGCAUGGGAGACCACAAGCCCGUGUUCCUGGCCUUCCGCGUGGCGCCCGGGGCAGGUAAAGCUCACGCACACGUGCACAAGUGUUGUGUCGUGCAGUGACGUGUGGGAGGCGAUGCCAGCCCCAGGAGCGGAGCCUCCGCGAGCCCUGCCCGUAGCGCGAGGAGCAGCCGGAGGCCGCGUCCACGGAAGUCCACGCUCAGCAGCUGCAUCGAGUAACUCGCCGAGCGCCGCCCGCCCGCCGGCGGCCCGCACUUUGCUUCAGCCUCCGGCCGUCCCGGGGCCCACAUACCUCACCGUCUCGUCUGUUCGUGUGACAUUAAGUAGAAACAUUGGGUUUUUUAAUAAGCCACAGUCCUGUUGCCAAAACUCUAAUAGACAGCAGAGAUUCUGUAUUUUAGACUUCACGGUUUUCGGUUUGUCAUAGUUGUCAGCGUGGGGACCCACGGGCGUCGGCGCCCGCUGCCAGCCGGAGGGAGCCCGGGCAGGCGCGCUCUGCGGGACGCGGGUGGCCAGGCUCCCUGCGUUCCCCCGCUGCCGCGUCCACGGUUCCGAACCACGCUGCAGCUGCUUCCCCGUUUUAUAUAUGAGUACAUAUAAAUACACACUUUCUAAAGUAAUUUAUAAACCUUACCAGACUGAUGCUGAAUAUACUCUCCAGUGUGAGUGCUCAGGAGCGCCCGUCAGCGAGGAGGAUCGGAGCUGGGCGUCGGCUCUGGGAGCGGAGCGGGCAGGGGCCUGGCGGUGCGCUGCGGGUGGCGGGCACGCUCGCCCGGCCGCACCCACGGCCGCUGCUCCUCGGCCUUCUCCUGGGACAGGGAGACCCGGAUGUGAAGUCUGCAGCCGGCUCGGGUGUACACCUUUUAAGAAUUUUGUAAACUGUUUUGUCUGUCUUUUGUUACUGUUCUAUGGUGCCAAGUAUUACACAUGAAACAAUAAUAUCAUGGGGAAUGAGAGUAGCCUAGUCCGCUUCCAGUAGAAACCGCUUGUAACGUGAACUGCAUCCAAAACCGUGAAGAGAACAGCUGUCCCGGGCUCGGCCGCAAACGCCCCGUGUGGGACCGGGCUGCCCGCCCUCCCCCAGCCCCGGGCGCCUCACGGGGCCCCCGGGGGAGCAGCGUGUCCGCUCCUCCGCUGCAGAACACUAAGAGGCCCCGGGGCGGCGGCGGCGGGCGGGUGGGCGCCUGCCUGUAGGUCAGUCACUACCAGUGCGAGCGGCACGGGCCUGCCCAGGCUGCUCCGGCCGGCGGGACGGGGGCGGGCGGCCGUCCGUCCCUUGCUGUCCUCGGCCGCGCGGCAGUUCUGUCCAGCAGGGUUUCAGCUGCUGGUCACUGUGGAGGCCUUCAGAAAUGACCGCUCCGGUUCCUAAGCAAUAAAAUUGAUCAUGGUGAACACA